UUUUGAUCGUUCCUACUACCCAAAGCAGAUCCCGCUAUCUUUUUUUUUUUUUUUUACCCCAGCUUCCAUGUACGUUGGCUUUUGAUCGUUCCUACCCAACGCAGAUCCCGCUCUAUCUGUUCUUUUUUUUUUUGCGUGUGUAGCAGCCAGGCACGUCAGAUCAGCCUCCUGGAGCAGCGAUUUUCAGUCUUCCUCAGCCAAAACAUGGUGGCUUUCAUAAAUAAAGACAGGACCGUGCCUUACCGGGGCAACCUCUAUCAACAUGACAACAGCUCAGCCAGGCGAACACCAGUUUGUGACCCCACCACACCCUCUGGCAGAGCUCCCUCUCCAGUGCAGUCCCCCAGCUCCUCUUAUCCAUCUCCAGCUUCACCCUCAGACAGGCGAACACCAGUUUGUGACCCCACCACACCCUCUGGCAGAGCUCCCUCUCCAGUGCAGUCCACCAGCUCCUCUUCUCCAUCUCCAGCUUCACCCUCAGCCAGGCGCACUCCAGCUCGCGUCCCCACCAGACCCUCUGGCACCCUGAGGGCGCGGAAGCGGCAGAGGCUCGAGGAUGGUCUUUUGGCCUACCUCGAGAGGUCUGAUGCUGCUGACAUGGCUGCUACACAGAGGCUUGCACAGAGCCAUGAACAGACCCUGGCGGAGAUGAGGACUGAGAUGAGGGAAGAUAGAAGUGCCCUCAUCCAGUUGUUCAGCAGGAUGGUGGAGAAGCAGUGA